GCGUGCCCUCUCCACACGUGUAUUGUGUUGGAGACGAAUAUUGCAAUAUUUUUUCAAAAAAAUGUAAUUUUUUCUGUAUUUUCCGCUAAUUUACUCUGAAUUGUGCCAAUAUGCUGGAGGUUGAGAUCUACAAGAUAGUGGACGCAGGCCACUUCUGGUGUAAGCCUUCUUUACGAAAUACAACCGAGGCAGAAAAAUACUUCACAUUGAACGGAAAGAUCAACGAUUAUUGUGCAAAGUUUGAAGAUGUACCUGGCAAUCAGAGCUCCGUUAUACCGAAGAAGGGAAUAACAUGCUUAGUGAAGAGGACUUCUGACCGAUGCUGGUAUCGUGGGAAAGUUCUUGGUGUUUUUCAUACUAUGAAUGGCCCUCAAGUUCGAGUUCUUCUCGUUGAUGUUGGUGAAAGGACCUUUGUUCCUGGAAUUUGGGUUCAAGAAAUCCCUAAAGAAUUUCUCAACGUUCCACAUCAAACAAUGGAGUGUUUUUUGUUUGAAGUGAAACCUCUGACAAUGGUGACGUCCUACUUUGAUCUUACCACUCAGAAACGCCCCGGAGACUUGUGGGAUUUGUCUGCGACGGAGUGGAUGAAAAACAAAAUCAAAAAUUGUCUCCUUCAGGUGGAUGUAAAACAGGUGGACAAUGACGGUAUUCAUCACGUGACGUUGUUUGCAACGGAUUCAGAACAAAUGUUCUGUAUAAAUGAUGAGCUUGUCAACCAGGAUUAUGCUGUUGUAACAAAGUCUAUUGAAGAUCCAAAGAGAGAAAAAGGUCGUGUUUUGAACCAUGAUGACGACGAAUUUGCGAAAGAUCUCAGAGUGAUGCGAGAGAAAUAUCACACUUCGAUUGAACGCGAAAGCAUCUCGGAAGCGAGCGAUGUCGGCGAAUGUAAGCAGUCCGAAAGGAAGAAUGGAACGAGUAGAUAUCAACCAUUAAAUUGGUCAGAAGAUAGCGAUGGUAGUGCUUACGAAAUAUCUCCAACAAAAUUCAAACAAUACAACAGGCAAUCUAAUCGCAAGCAUUCUCGAAGCGGAAUUUAUGGUCAGCAAGGCAUCGCAUUAUCCAGUAAAAGCGUGUCUUCACCUACUUCGAAUGACCAGUACUACAGAUAUAGUUCACAGUCCCCUGGGUCAGAAUCGUGUCAAGAAAUAUCUCCCAAUAAACAAAUUCCUUUCAUUAGUUAUUCAAACAAUCAAAAUCUCAAAACCUUCCCUAAUACUCGUCGAUUAAACUCCCAAGACAAAGCUUACAAUGCUCCUAAUGAUCUAUCGUUGAGCAAUGUCUCGCGUGAUUUCCGUAAUGUGUCCACUAAAGCCUCGCCAAAUGCAACGUCUAGUUUUGGUCGCAUGGAAAAUGCAUUGAAUACUAGCCAGUUUCCUGGCGAUCAUUUUUAUCCAUCCAAUCAGAGAUCACCAUCCAAUCAAGGAGAAACUUGUUCGAGACCUCAUCCAAAUUUAGAAGAAACUGGUUUUGGUCGACGAUCAAAUUACAGUGAAACUGGUGUAGAUCAGCAGUCUAUUAGGGAACAAAGCGGGUUUAGACAACCAUCAAUCUUCAACAACCUGGACUUGGACAACAAUCCUUUCAGGGACCAACAGCUUUAGUCAACACUCUGGUCAUGCGCAAAUGUGUCAAAAGUCUAUACAGGGA